CGACUAAACGAUUCCAGCAAAAUGGGGAGGACGACUACAUGUUUCGGGUACAUCUCCUAUUAUUUUUAGGGGUUUAACUUUUAAACCUUUCAAAUUCCAAAACAUAACGUCGACCUUUCACUGGAUACACCAUUUUUAAUCACAACUCGCAAACAUUGCCCAAUACUCUACAAAGCUAGACAUUUAACCAGAUUUGGAUAUACUACAUAAUGAAUGAUGUUUUCUCUAGGCUUUUGCAGCUGAUCUUGUUGAAGUAUGCCACCCGAAAAACUAUAAUGUGGGAUUACUUUGUUAUUCUCCACUGGCUAGUGGAGCAUUAAGCGGAAAGUAUUUGGAUUCAGAGUCCGAAGUUGCAAAAAAGGGCAGACUCAUGGAAAGAUACAACAAAUCCAUUUCCAAGGAAGCAACUACACAAUACAUUGAGAUGGCAAAGAAACACGGAUUGAGUCCGGUUGAGCUGGCACUUGGAUUUGUGAGGGACCGGCCAUUUAUGACGAGCACAAUCAUUGGUGCAACGUAUUUGGAACUACUAAAGGAGGAUAUGGAUGCUUUCUUGACAACCGAGAGACCAUUAUCACCGGAUCUGAUGGCGGAUAUUGAAACCAUCUUCAAGAGAUAUAAAGACCCAACCAUUCUUUAGACGAUGAGGUACUUUUCAGUUUUUUUAUCACCUUGUUUGAUUAAUUGCUUGAGUUUUUGUUGUACAAUAUGUUCAUAAAUCUUUUAUGGUUUUCUCGGCGAGGGUUAGUUCUGUUGGCUGUUUUGACCACGGAGUCAAAAGGUGCCAGUCUGGACAGUGGACAUUUCGUCGAACAUUUACUUGUGUUGUUGUAACUUAUAAAAACAACAUAUAUAGCUAGCUAUGUAAUAAUUUAAAA